AUGGAAGUAACGCCGGAAGAAUGGACCGAGCGGGCGAAGGAAAACAUGAAAAAGUUCCUUAACCGGGGCGGUGCAUGUCGUGGGGACGAACCGCAAACGCUGGUUGGAGCCGCACUCGAGAACACGCUCGGGUACGCGCUUAACCUUACGAUGAAGGACCCAAACGAGUGGACGGACGAUGAGCUGCAGCAGGAGUACAUGGAACAGCUGUGCUUCUAUGAUGCUGAAUCGCGCAAGACCAUCGACAAGCUGACGCAGCAGAUGUACGCGCAGGGUGUAGUGGCCGAGGAACCGUGCCAUCUGACGAUCCUGCCGAUCGAGCUGUACGCCGAGGGAAAGCUGUACGAGGUGGCGCUGUUCCGGUACCAGUUUGGGGACUGCAACGUGACUGAACCGAAGUACGUGGAUUCGUAUGGACGCGUGUACGGCAGCUUCCGGGACUUUCUGCGCAACAACAAGUACCCAUCGGCGGAGGUGAUGUACCCACGCGAGGGACGACUCGAGGCUGGCGAAGAUAAGACGGUGCAGUACGAAGUGGGGAAAACACCCGCCUGGAAGGCGUACUACUUCAAGGCGUUGGACAUCGCGACGGGCAUCAUCGGUAUUGCCGGUGCAACCGGGGCCAUUUUCCUCUCAGGCGGCAUCGCAACGCCGUUUGUUGCGGCCAGCAUCGGCUCGGCACUGUACGCGACCGGUCGCUCGAUCGAUGUGCUUCGUGACAAAAGCGCCCACCAGGAGUCACUGAAUCCGUUCCGUGAUUCAGAAUCGCGCACCGCCUGGUUGAGUUUGACCGCGCACGUGCUCACCUUCGGCACGAUGCCGCACAUAUCGGCCCUGUCUGGUGUGGCCUCGACCAGUCAUAGUAUCGCGACCGGUUUCAAAGUUUGCAACUUCAUCAACGAGACAGGCAACAUAAUCAGCGAUCUCGUGAUUUGCGACACGUUGUCGGCGAUGCACUCGAGUUACUAUAACGCCUCGAUCGAGACGCGGUUAGCCCAUGCUGCCUCAAUCUGCUUCUGGACGAAGACACCUAUUAGCAUCCGCAGGGCGGAGCUGAUGAUGAAGAACAACGCGAUCGUCGCGUUGAAGCUGUUUGGGUUCGAGGAUCACUGUUGCGAGUACUUCAACAACGAUUCCCAUGCGAUCGAUAUUGGGUUGCGUAUCGCGAAACAUUCGCUCGAGUACAACGUGCUAAUUGGGUCUGAUCCUAGCGAACCAGGCACGAUUCGAAUCGAUGGCACCCGGUUCCCGAUUAAGGCACUAUUGCGUCUUGAACCAAAUGAGGUAGAGCUGUUAUUUGAUGCAUUGCAGGGCGUAACAGCGACACCCGGAGACCGUGCGCUGUUCCAUGAACUAUGCCUACUGGUCCGGCCCACGUCAGGAUUGCCACCGACGGAAAACGAAGAUGAUGGCAAGCUACACACGCUGGUACGGUUCCUUGCAGAGGAAGCAACGCGCGAAUGCCUGCCCGUAAACGAGCUGAUGGAAAUUCUGCUCCAAACGUACGCCGUCGUCAAGCGGUGCGAAGAACUGGCUCACGUUUCACCCACCACCUUCGGGCUGUCGGUUGAGCAAGGAGGCUUAUGUAUAGGCCGUGGUCUCUGGAUGCGUCUCAAACCGGCCUACAUCCUGCUUGCGUCCAAGCGAACGACACCACUCCCAGCGGACCAAACCACUGACGGGAAGUUGUUGCAGGAUGAUCCGAGCAAGAGCACCGAAGACAAAGACACGGAACGGGUGGUGCGGGCGAUACUGGACCUGAACGAGGAGCAGUGCGUUCGCUUGACUGAGGUCGUCCGCCAGGAUCCAAACUAUUUGUGUAUUUUUAAGCAAAAACCCCACGACGCCAAAACCGGUGAUGCUGUGUCGAACGCAGAAGGACAACAGGACGAGCAGCUAUACCGUAAUCUAAAGGAGAACAUUCUGCGAGCACUUGAACGGGGAAUGGAUGCCAGUUAAAUACAACGGUAGACGUCUGGGAGGCGACCAUACCAGAAACCAGAGCAAUACUAACAAGAAUAUGAAGCGAAUAACGAAGGCCAUUAACCACUAACUGAGC